CUAGUCUAGCUCUGUCAGUUUCGGAGCUCUUCUGGACCUGACCUCGAGUGGAUAUCACGUCCCCGAUCAUGCCAUGCUAUAGCUAACACAAUUUAUUUCUCGCGUUGACGAGGUAACACUCUGCUAAUUGUUAUUACUUAUUGUUAGCCGAUAGCGGUCACCUGGUCACUUGAUCUGUUAGAGCUAUUGGUGUAUCAAGCCUGUGUUAGCCACCGUGCCAUUGUCCCCCGCAUAAACACAAUCAUAUUCUUGGCAUUCCGAAAUUAUUUUGGUAAUUUCGGCCUGGAUAGCAGCGGUGCGUCUGUGGAGGUGUUCUUGAACUAGCGAGCAUGAGCGCUGUGGUGGCGGAGAUCAAGCGAGGCUAUUUGACUCGGGUGAAGCCAGGAAUACGGCUAACGUCGAGAAAGAAAUGGGUGAAAUUGGUCGAGUACGGCCAGACACGGGACCUUCGCCUGGAUAUUUUUGCCACAGAGAAAGCGGCACGUGAUGGAGAGCCUUGCCGGGAAUGCGUACGAUUGGACGAUGCCAAGCUGGCCAUCCGAACUUCCAAACACAAGUAUACGUUUAUUAUCGAGCUGAACUCAGAGAACAUGGAGCGUGAGCAGCUAAUGUUCGCUAGUGAUUCGGACACUGACGCAGACGAUUGGGUGGACGCCAUCAAUCGCAUGCUAAUGCAGAGCAGCUCAUCUCAUCGCCGGCUGGGGUCAUCGGCGGCAGUCAUUGGCCGACCACCGGAUAUCAACAAGCUGACUAGUCUGGGAGACGGUAGAUUCUACGUGAUCCCGACCGUGUACCAUGAUCGACUGCACUGUCGACCGGGUGAGACCUGCGUCCUGCAAACCACACCUGAUAAGCUUAUACUGCUGAACGAAACAGGCCACGAUACGCUCGUUGAGUGGAAUCUGGCUGCGCUGCGUCGUUAUGGCAACACUUCAGAAUACUUCCAGUUUGAAGCAGGACGGCGGACAACGACGGGUGAAGGUGUGUUUACGAUGAUGACCAAGGAUGGACAGGGCAUAUACGACCUGGUUCAUAUGUACACACAGGAACUAGUCAGGAAAAGCAAGGUGGGCACCCAGCGAACAGGCAGUCUGCCAGGAGUGUGUCUUAACCGCGCCGGAUCAAUAGCCAGCUCCCACUCACCAGCCUCAAACCGUUCUUCUAUCAGCAGUGUUGGCUCAUUACCCUCUCCUAACACAGCAUUGACUAGCAGCUCGCUUCCACCAGGCGUCACAGGUGGUGUCAUCACUGGCUCUCUUAGACCGCACUCACAGAGUUUUGAUCGCGGCACGCCCAGCGCAGACCAAAGCACCUACCAAACACUCGACGCAAGUAGUCAAGAGAGCAAUCAGUACCAAGCACGCUCGGAUAUGGUGGGACAGAGAAGUCAUUCGGUUUCCACGGGAACGGCUGGAGCAGCUGCUGAACCGGAAAACUCCUAUCAAGGCUUAUCGGCAUUGACAACGGAUAACCCGCCUACGUACAUGGAUGUGGUGGCGUCUGAUAUGCAAAACAUGCGCAUUGCAAACGGCGGUGGCGCGAGCGGCAGUGGUGGUGGCGGUGCGGCGAAUGGAGGUACGAACGGACCAUCGGCGGGUGUGUAUCAGCCACUGGAUAUAACGACGCGACUUCAGCCAGCGUCCGGCGCAUCCACCGAUUCGUCCACGUAUCAGCCGAUUUCUCUUGUGGGUGUGGAGUCGAACACGUAUCAAGGUGUGAGCCUUCCCGCCAACAGACAGACGGGGGAACAAAGCACGUAUCAAGCUCUUCAGUAGUUCAUGGCUCUCGGUGAGUCAUGCCGUGUCCAGCUGAGUGCUCCCUGUUUGUUCACUUGUGUAUUGUGAACUGGACACAGUGUGCACAGUGCCAGUGGACCCUGUUCAUCUAGUGAUCAUCAUCACUACAUCAAACUCUAUGCACUCCGUACAGUGGACAGCGUGUGUGCGUGUGUGUGUGUGUGUGUGUGUGUAUGUGUGUGUGGGGGGGGGGGGGGGUUGCGUGUGUGUGUGCGUGUGUGUCACACCAUCACUUAAUUGCCAUGUGAGAACAUCACUACGUCUCACCACGCUGCCACAUGCCGGGGCAAUGUACUGCCUACGGUUCUGUGAGCGGAGCGUGUCAGAGUAGUAUGUCCAUUGUGUUGUAUCUCCAUUGUGUUGUAUCUCUAUCAGUGUGGGCUGCAGCAGUAUAGUAACAGAGAGCAUGUUUUCCACCGUAAAUAGAUUCCGUAUACCUGUGCAUGGCGCCGCACUGACUUGUAUACCUGUGCAUGGCGGCGCACUGACUUACAUUAUCUAUUGUAGGUUAGGUAUCCGUAUCCGGCUGCUGGCCUUUUCUCAAUUUACUCACAUUUUUUCUUCUAAUUAUUCUCUUCCGCGGCUGCCCAGCAGACUGCACGUAAAGCUUCACUGAACUGCUUAUCUGGUAAUGGCGUGACGUCCAUGAGUAUACUCGGCUGUAGUGUGGCUUGCCUUGCUCCCAAUUUGAAAGUAGUGUCAAUUCCUGUUUCCAAGGCCCCAGGCUAACCAAUUUAUCAUGCAAGAGUACAUACAUGUGUAUGUCGUCAUAGCGUUUGUUUGCUCUGCAUUUCCUGCGCUCAGUUGGUGUUUUCCCUCUGUCCCAGCUUGCUGCCUUUUUCAUUUUUGAUACCAAAACCGAAUGUGAAUGCCUCAGUUUUCGUUGCACGGUCUCCCCUGCUCUUCACUGCAUCAACUUGAUGAUCUAUUAUGAUUGCAAUUUCAAUAGCAUGCCCUUUUAUUUCACUUGAACACGUAAUUAAAAUCUUAGCUGCCUC